AUGCAGGAGAUUACCGAGCAGCUCGGUGGCGGGCAAUUUACAGGGGGUGGUGGUUCACCGCUCGUCAAAUGGCCCAACCCUGAAGAAGAGUGGGCGAUGCCCGGUAGCGGACAUAUUGACGCAUACGGUCCCGGUGGCUGGAGCCCUUUUAUGCUGGGGGCAACAACCUACCUUUAUGAUGUUGAACCCGGCGGCGGUGGGUUCGUUUUUUGGCCCCGAAGUCACGAUUCAACCCACAAGUACUUCCUUCAAUAUCCGGAGCAGAUUGAUGGCAGUUUCUACGAUAUUAAGGAUUGGGGAUGGCAUGUGCUUUCGGAUUUAUCUCCGGACGGACCUCGUGAGUUUAUCGGUGCCGCGGGUGAUGUUGUGUUGUGGCACGCGUUUCUCUGCCAUACUGGUUCAGCGAAUGUCAAAGAUGUUCCCCGUUUUGGGAUCUUCGCACGCUACUCCCAUAAAGAGCGGGAGGAGAUUAAAUACGAAAUUCCAGAGGACCUCUGGAAAUAUUGGGUCAUUUGA